AUGGGUGCCUUGGACCAAGUAACAUACUAUACUGAUGGAUUAAAACCUGCAACCAGAAUGGAAGUUGCAUACAGAGCACCUGAAACUUUGGCAGCUGCUAUAGAGUAUGCAAUAAGGAAAAACUUUAACAAUAAUUCAAAAAAGAAAUUUAAAAAAGGAACUUGUUACAAGUGUGGAAUAACAGAACACUAUGCUAGGGAAUGUAAAAAGGCAGGCAAAGCUAAGGUUGCUUCUAUUGAAGAGAAACCUGUAGCCUCUACAUUAAAAAUUGAAGAAAUUGAAUUUACAAAUAUUGAGGAAAACAAGAAACGUCUUUAUCUGGAACCUACUACACUUCAGGAAUUCAAGCUCAAGUUAUUACCCUUCAACGAUAUGAUGCUAUUCUUGAGAAGCCUUGAUCCUACUAAUGCUGAACUAUUUGCAGUAUAUUUGGAUACUCCAAAUAAUAAUAAAAAUGAGUCUGAACCUGAAGUUCAAAAGUUAAUUACACAGUAUAAGGAUAUCUUUUCAAAAACUUUACCUGACCAUUUGCCUCCUAAACGAAGCCUUGAUCAGGCUAUUGAAUUAACACCUGGUGCUGAACCUCCACAUCGACCAAUUUAUCGAUUAUCUUAUGAUGAAACCAAUGAACUUAAAAAGUAA